GACCACUGACAGCAUAAUCAAGAUGGAGGAUUUGUUUGAAAGUUUAUGGUUUAAUUAUGUCAAAACAGUAAAUUUUAAAUGAGGAAUAUAGAAAAAAUAUGCAUUGAAAUCUUUAAAUACAGAACCCGACAUUUUUAAAGCAUUAUAAAAUUUACCUAAUUUUAACUGAAAUUUGCAUAUAAAAUCAACUUUAAUAAUAUGGAAAUAAAACAAGAAACUACGGUGAAAACUUGUAAAAUAGAAACAUAUAAUGAGGCGUGUGAUGGUUCCUUGGAUGUCUUCAAAAUAAUUGAAAUUAAGGAAGAACCCAAGGGAGAAUGUGCAUAUUAUGAUACAUUUGAUUAUGGAGACUUAAAAAAUGAAUUUCCCCUAAAAACUGAAGUAGAAGAUGAAUAUAAAUUGACAUCUUUUGAAGAAAAGCAAACGAAGAAUGAAGAAAGUAGUCCCCAAGAAGAUAACAAAACUGAGAUUAUGGAAACUUCAACUGCACAUCCAUCUCAUAAAGGAAAAUGUAAUAGGCCUUACAAAUGUGAAACUUGUUUUAAACAAUUUACUCGACCACGCAAUUUGAAAAUUCAUUUGAGAGUGCACAAUGGAGAAAAACCUCACAAGUGUGAAAUUUGUUUUAAGCAAUUUAGUGAAAGAGGCACUUUGAAAAGACAUCUGAGAGUUCAUACUGGGGAAAAACCUUACAAGUGUGAGGUUUGUUGUAAGCAGUUUUCUCAGAAAGCUAAUUUGGAAACUCAUUUGACAGUGCAUAUUGGAGAAAAACAUUACAAGUGUGAGAUUUGUUUAAAGCAAUUUUUUAGAGGCAGUGCUUUGAAAAGGCAUAUGAAAGUGCACACUGGGGAAAAACCUUACAAGUGUGAGAUUUGUUUUAACCAAUUUAGUGAAGCAAGUACUUUGAAAGGUCAUUUGAUUAUACACACUAAAGAAAAACAAUACAAGUGCGAGAUUUGUUUUAAUACAUUUUUUAAAGCCAGUGCUUUGAAAAUGCAUGUGAGAGUGCACACUGGGGAAAAACCUUAUAAGUGUGAGAUUUGUUUAAAGCAAUUUUCUAAGAAAUCCAAUUUGGAAAGUCAUUUGACAGUGCAUACCGGAGAAAAACAUUACAAGUGUAAUAUUUGUUUUAAGCAAUUUGUUAAAGUCAGUGCUUUCAAAAAGCAUAUGAGAGUGCAUACUGGGGAACAGCCUCUCGGUGUGAAAUUUGUUUAAAGCGGUUUUCUGACAAAAAAGACAUCUGAGAGUUCAUACUGGGAAAAACCUUAGAAGUGUGAGGUUUGUUGUAAGCAGUUUUCUCAGAAAGCUAAUUUGGAAUGUCAUUUGAUACAGCACACUGGACAAAAACAAUAUAAGUGCGAGAUUUGUUUUAAGCAAUUUAGUGAAAGAGGCACUUUGAAAAGACGUCUAAGAGUUCAUACUGGGGAAAAACCUUACAAGUGUGAGGUUUGUUUUAAGCAAUUUUUUAGAUUCAGUGAUUUAAAAAGAGAUACGAGAGUGCAUACUGGGGAAAAACCUCACAAGUGUGACAUAUGUUUUAAGCAAUUUAGUGAAGCAAGUAAUUUGAAAGAGCAUUUGAUUACACACACUGGGGAAAAACGUAAAGCGUGUGAGAUUUGUUGUAAGUGAUUUAGUGAACCAAAUUCUUCGAAACAUCAUUUGGUAACACACACUGGGAAAAAAUCUUAGAAGUGUGAGAUUUGUUUUAAGCAAUUUUGUCAAGAUUACAUAUACACAUAUACCGGGUGGUGAAUUGGAAAACGGGCCACAGGAAACUCAAUGUAAAAUUCUAAAUUGUUGAAUUCCUGCUUCCCUAAUUAUUAUACAUCAAAAGUCAUGAGAAGCUAUUUGUAGAGGAUUAAAAUCUGUAUUAAAAACAAAAGUUAAAAUUGUUCUACGAUUUAAACAGAGUCCAAAAUUUAAAAAAAUAGAAUACAUUUGCCAUACCUAAGUAAGUGCGUAAAAGUAAGGCCAUACGUUACUAUUUCUGACAGUACGCAAACUAUUGACUGAAUAAAACACCUUUAUUAUUACUACUUUCUCCUCAACUGAGGACAUCUUUUCGACUUUAUUGUUUUUUAAAUAAUUAAAACGAUAAAAUAAAAAUACUGACAGUUCAAAAUAUUGUUAAUAUAAUAAUUUCAUUGUGACCGAAGGCAACCUUAUACACAUUCUUGCAGUAUGUGUGGCCUAAAUUUGGCAAAUACUUUGAUAAAAUUUAUUAUAUUUUACAAAAUUUUGGAAUGUGUUUAAUUUGUAGAACAAUUUUAACAAUUGUUUUCAAUAAAGAUUUCAAUCCUCUACAAAUAGUUUCUCAUGUCUUUUGAUGUAGAAUAAUUAGGCAAGCAGGAAUUCAACAGUUUAGAAUUUUACAUUGAGUUUCCUAUGGCCCGUUUGACAAUUCACCACCCUGUAUAUCAAGAUACACAUACUUACAUAUUACACUUACACCUUCUGAAUUCGAAUUCAUUUUCAGAGGUCACUCUAUUUUGAUAAAUGUAAAUCCAAUUAUACUUCUAUAAAUCCAAUUAACCUACAAAGAUCAAUGGAAGUACAGAAUACUAUAAAACAAGAACAAAAUAAAAAUUGAUAAAAAUAACAAAAUGAAAGAGGUAAACACAGAGUAUUAAAAAGAAAUUUGUUCUUAAUACUGUCAUCGAACAACGGUGUUCGGUGAUACUGUGCCUACUGUGGUAAACAGGUCUAUUCACAAACCAUACAUACUCUAGACGUUUCACGACCAUGUUAAUCUUUCGGAUCGAAUUAACGCCAUCUCUUGAUUGGAAUGGGAACUAAAUUGACAAAUUUUAAUUACGUGGAAAGUUCAAAUUAUAAAUUUUGCGGGAUUUUUGAUGAAAUUUCGCAGGAAAUUAAAACAACAGAAAGACAAUUCAAUGUUGUAUUCAAUAAUUAUACUAUGAGUUAAAAUUACCUUAAAAGUUCCAUCUACAUAAAAAAUACCUACUAAAAGUAUUGUCUAAAAGUUCUGUUAGUAGGUAAUGCUGUAAUCGGGGCUGAAAUACCAAUAUAACCAAAAAUCAUAGUUUUACGGUUUUACUGAAAACUUUAAAUAUUCCAAUUUGUUUUCAAAAUGCUAAACACUACUGCCAUGUGUCACGUGAAAGCACUGAUGUACAAUAUUGAGUUGAAUGAAAAUUUUUGAAAGAAUCUUGCAGGAUGAUUGUUCAGAUAAUUACCUUAUAAUCUUUUACAAACUUCCAAAAAUAUAUAGGCCCGAAAUGUUGAUGAAAAACUUGUCUAUUGGAUAAACUGUUUCAGGAUCUAUUAUAUUGUUUUUUAAAUGUGGAGAAACACAACACGGGAUGAUCAAGGUAAACUAAACAUUCUACUCAUAAAAACGGAGAGGAGGUUAAUACAAUUGAUUAAAAUUGUGAUUAAAUCUAAUUAAAAAUGUAACACCACUAUAAUAAAAUAAUUAAGCCACAAACUGUAAAAUAAAAAGUAAAUAACAAAUUAAUUUAAUUGUCAACUGUCAGUUGUUAAAUAUAACAAGAGAAUUGACUGACAGCGACAUCUCUGGAUUGGAAUGGUAACUAAUUUGCUGUCUUGACCUUGACAAUUUAUGUGAAACAUCUAUGAGUAUGUAUGGUUUGUGGCUCUAUUUUCGAAAGUUGACAACCGAACUGCGAAGUGUCGAAUCGAAAAUCUGUGACCCGUGAUUGGUCCAAAUUCUUCCAUAACACAAGUCCUGGAGAAACUGAUAUCUCGCGUUACUAACGGCGCUGGCGAAAACUAUUUAAUCCCCUUUACUCAUCGGCUCACGGCGAAUAAAAACCCUUGCAGUCGUCUGUCAAGUGGUGUCAUACAGUGAUAUUAUAUAAACAUUAAAUGACGUUUAAUAAACGUCCAGAAUGAUUCAACCGAUUUGGCUAAUUUCGAUUUUGAAACAUUUGUAGAAGUCCAAGGAAAGUUUAAAAGGUGAGAACAUAAUGUGAUGAAAUUGUAAAGAAAAUAUUAAAACAACAUGUUAUUUUCAGAUACAAACAGCUAUAUUAAACUCCUUUAGAUUUAUGUCACUAAAACUGCGGCUAUCUUCGCGUCUAUUUACUUUUUUUAGGUUUCCCGUGAUCUGUAGUGGGAGCACGCCAAAUAGAAUUCUAUUUUAGUGACGUCACCUUGCCUAGCAACCGUCGAUUCUCGCAUUGUGAAAUUCGAUUUUGUGACGUCAGCAAAAUAGAAUUCUAUUUUGCGUGCUCUCACUACUGAGUUCGAAUCUCUGCCAGCGAGAAUUUUUAAGUGAAAACUUCUUUAGAGACACUUUUUGGACGGGGAAAAAGUAAUUAAUAAAUUAGCUACCGUCAUCGCUUUGGCGAAAUAAAGAAAUGAAAGCUUGUUUAGGGACGUUGUGCACUUUUUGAAGAUAUUCUUCUUUAGCGGCGAAUCGAUUGAGGGUAAAAUUGUACAUCAACCACGCGCCUGCGCACACUGACAGUAUGUAGUUCUGACAGUGUGUAGUUCAUUGCUAAUCUUUCAAUAUAGUUAUGUAUGUAUCUGUAACCGUGCAAAUAAGUCAUUAAAAGAAUAUAUUAGUGGUUUUAGGAAAUGUAUUAUUUAUUAUAAUUCUUGUGUUUCCCUGUAGUAAAAUAAUAAAAUAUGUAGGCAUAACAUUUUUACAGUUUGUCGCCGUGUUGUGUAAUUAUAUCCGAAACUUACGUGUCAAUUCAAGUGGCUCGAUGGCGUAGUUGGCAUAGCGGUGGGACAGAGAACGGAAGCACACGGAAGGUCGCGGGUUCUAAUCCUGGACGAUUCAUACUUUUUUUUAUUUUUCGUUAUUUUAAUAAAAAAAUUUUGAAAGUGG